CGACCUUUGUCCUCCUCGAGUCACGGAUUUUGCAACAAAGAACCAACUCGUCGUCCAACUCGACUUCAUCCUCAAUACACAUCUUUGAUGCUUCUUCUGGCUCCUGGCUUCUAAUAAAGCUUUAUCAUUGCUCCUCGAGAGCAUAACGUCAACAUGACUUCCAAGGCCGUUAUCCCACUGCUAGUCAGUCUCAUGCUUCUGACGGGAGUCUGCAACACCCUCCUCACCAAGUACCAAGAUAACAUCUGCGUCCGCGACUGCGAUGAUCCCAACCCGAAGAACCGAAAGCUGUUCGAACAACCCGUCAUCCAAACAGUCCAAAUGUUCAUCGGCGAAAUGGGCUCGUGGCUCUUCAUCGGCGGAUUCUGGCUCUACAAGAAAUACAUUUCGAAAUCCUCACCCGCGGAAGAGAAUGGUUACGAACCUGUCAGUACCGGUGAGAAUGGCGGGGAUAAUCAUGAUACCGCCAGCAUACAUUCUACGACGCCGAUAAACCCCGCUGCGAAGGUGAUGAGCGCGCCUGAAGAUAGGCUGCCGUUGAAAGGAUGGAAAGUCACAAUGUUGGGUCUGCCGGCUGUUUGCGAUAUUUGCGGGACGACCUUGAUGAAUGUUGGUCUACUGUUCGUGGUUCCGUCUAUCUACCAGAUGACGAGAGGAGCGCUGGUUCUUUUCGUUGGACUAUUCAGCGUUAUAUUCUUAAGACGGACGUUACAUCUCUAUCAAUGGUUUGCACUUGUUACUGUUGUGCUAGGAGUAGCAAUUGUGGGGCUGGCAGGAGCUAUUUAUAAGGAUGAUAAGGCGGCUCCGACGGCGAUGUUGAUGGUUAGGAAAGCUAUUACAUUGGUUGCGAGAGAAGCAAGGACUCCGGAAGCUGUCAGGGCUAUUAUCGGUGUUUUCUUGAUUGCGGGAGCACAAAUCUUCACUGCAAGUCAAUUUGUUCUCGAGGAGUAUAUUCUUGAGAAGUACGCUUUAGAGCCAUUGAAAGUUGUUGGUUGGGAGGGACUAUUUGGUUUCUGGGUUACGGUCGCUGGGUGGGUGAUUAUGUUUCUGGCCGUGGGGAGAACGGAGGCUGGGAGAUUUGGAUACUUUGAUAUAGUUGAAGGCUGGAGAGAGGUUACACAGUACAAGAGUAUUGGCGUCUCCAGUAUUCUGAUCAUGAUUAGCAUUGGUGGCUUCAACUUCUUCGGAUUGUCCGUCACAAGAAGCGUCAGCGCCACAGCAAGAUCUACGAUCGAUACCUGCAGAACCCUGUUCAUCUGGAUCGUAUCUCUCUUCCUCGGAUGGGAAUCCUUCAAAUGGCUCCAAGUCCUUGGCUUCGCCUUGUUGGUUUACGGAACCUUCCUUUUCAACGGGCUGGUACGUCCUCCUCUAAAGAGAUGCAUUGUGAGAGACCCGGAGGAGCUACUGCCAGAAGAGCCCAUAGAGCACAUGUAAACACGCAGAUGAGUUAUGAGAAGUUUUAUCAUUCAUCAUUCAUCGGCGUUCGGGUUUCAGCGGAGUAGGAACAUGGGUAUGACUUGUUUGGUAGCAUAGGCUUCUUCUAUAGGCUGAUAGAAUACAUAUCUCAGCU